AUGGCGACAGAGGACGACGCCAUCGUCGAGAACGCCCUCCAACACCUCGGCAGUGUAGCCGAGCGGCUCGAUCAUUAUGUUUCCCCAGCCGAGGGUCAGCCGCCAGCGUCCCCCAGCUACACCUCCAUCGGCUCCAAGGCAUCUGGAUCUCCCAUAAUGCCCAGGAAGCGCGUCAAAGGCCACGAGGGCGAUAGCGAGGGCAAGAAGCCCAAGAAGACGCGCCAGACUCAAUCUUGCGACGCAUGUCGUGCACGCAAGGUCAAAUGUGACAGGCCACCACCCGGCUCCGCAGGUGUCAGCCACGCGCCGACAAAGGAUGUGUGCACCCACUGCCGCCAGCUGGGCAUGGCUUGCACGUUCGAGUACAAGCCCAAGAAGCGGGGACCGCCCAACAUGUACCUCAAGCGCAUGCAGGCGCUCAACCACAAGGACGAACGGCCCAUGUACUCGCCAACGUACGGAAAUGGGCGACGGGAAGACGAGAUGUUGGCAGGUCCAGGGCCGGGAACACUCGCGAGCCAGGACGCACUGCGCGUUGGGAGACGCGACGGAGACGACUGGGCUAGUCUGGGGCGUGGGUUCACAGCCCAAGAUCAACGCGACCUCCUCCUCACAGGACGAGGCAACGGGUACUCGCUGUCACCUAGCUUCCUAUCACCGUUGGACUCGCCAGACGAUCGCGCACUGUACCCAGCGCGGAAUCCACCACAACCUCUUCGAGAUCCACAGGCCACACCGGCUGUCAACCCCAUCGACGCGGUUCUACCACGGCACAUCCUGUACGGCAUCAUCGACGUGUAUUUCGACUACAUCUACUGCCUCAUCCCAUGCGUCCACAAGCCGUCAUUUAUGCGCGACCUAGACGCGCGCCGCGAGGAGCAGCCGGACCAGGAGGAGUUUGUCGCGCUAGUCUUUGCGAUCGUGGAGACGACACUCAUGCAGAUGCCGCGCCUGAUUGUCGGCAUGCCAAAGGAAGACACGCUGGUGCUCUUUGAAGACGCGAACGCUCUCGUCAAGCAGUACCUCGACCGCGAGUUCACCAACCUUACCGUCACUCGCUGCAUCAUCUAUUACCUCCACACAGUCGCGCACAACCACCUCCCAAACAAGAUGCCCAACUCGAUCAACAAUGGCGCAAACUUCCUGCUCUCGUUGAAGCUGCGGUUACAUGAGGAAGCAGGCUACAAGGACCUCAAUCCCAUCGAGCGGGAGCUGCGCAAGCGCAUCUUCUGGCUCCAGUACGGCGCGGACAAGACGCUUGCCGCCUUGGAUAUGCGGAUCUCAAUAUUCCAUGAGAUAGACUGUGGCGACGUCACCCUCCCUUCGCCUCUGGACGACGAAUACCUCACUGAACAGGCCUAUCUCGAACAGCCCGAGGGCGAGACGCCCUUGCUCGCGGGGUUCUAUUAUAUCUCCAAGCUGUUCCGCCUCCUCGGGCAAGUGCUGGACAAGCGGAAGCACGACCGCGUCAAACCUCCCCAGGGCCUGAUGUUGCAGAUGCGCAUCAACGAGAUUGACACGAUUCUUCACCAAGUCCUGACGCUCAUGGACAACAGUCCAGAAGCGCUGCGCUUGGACAUGGGGGGUUCCCCAAGCGCAAGAAUGCAGCGCGUCGAGGAGCGGUGGGACGCACACGUCAACGCCGACAUUAGCCAACUUCUUCGCGAUCCUGGCCGUGCUCGCCACGCAAGCAAGGACACGUUCCUCGUCCAGCAGGCCAACAUCUACGUCACCCAACAGAUGGUCCGUUACAUCAUCCUCCAGUAUUCGGAGGAUCUGGCUGCGCUGCAUGACAAGGAGCUCGCGCAGGACGAGCCACCGGGCAGCGGUACGUUUAGCCUGCCCACCCGCCGACCCGUAUUCACCGAGACGGAGAAGGACACGAUUGUCAGCGACUUGCUCGUUAUUCUCUCCAAGAUCCCACUCGAGGUUAUUGCCAUCAACACGGUCUCACUCGUCGCAAAAGUGCGCUACGUCGCUAGCACGCUGCUCGACGCACUGCAAAGUGAACCGCCUGAUCCGAGUGACAUCCCGCAGCUCAUGCGUUCGUCGCAACGCGCAGCGCGUGCACAGGGAUAUCUGUGGGACUUUUUGCGCAUCCUCACCGACAUUGAGAACCUGUUCAAUCUGGCAGACAGCUCAAACUUUGUAGGCACAAUGGACUAG